AAUACUCCUAGUUGGUUCAAUUUUCAUGCUACUGAAACCGGACACAAGCGCCGGCCUGAUGCCUGGGCCACUUGCCUCGUACCAAAACUUUUACCUGUUACGGACCCGCAGUAUCAGAUGUUAGAUUUUGUUACUGCUGGAGGCAGCCUCUGACAUCAUUUAUCAUUCUGUAUGUAUAAGGAAUUCUCGACUGAUAGUUACCCCGCGGAAAUUAAACAAAUCUCUGCCUGAGAAGCGAAGCUUCGAGGCAAAUGUGCUGGUUUAUUGCAGGAAGCUACUGGUUUUGAUUUUGUUUUUGUAAAAUAAUCGUUAACCGCCUGCAGAGGAAGUCAUACUUUGAUGCUAGUGUAAAUAAGCUGUAUGCUCUCAACCAAGUGCUCAAAAUGUGUAAUAAUAACAAUUUUUGUUACUUAUUAGAGUCCCUGAAGAGUCCACAAGAUCGUGACGAAAACAGUCCAAGUAUGCUGGAGAUUUCCAUGGAAGAGCCUCGUACUUUGAGCACCCCAAACUUUGCCUCUCUUCCUUCUUAUCAGGUUCCUGGCGAGAACAAAGCAAAGCAAUCUGAUAAUACUUCCUCACCAAUAUCGCGUGAUCAAAGAGACGAGCUUUUUGCCAGUACUACUCGGAAACGGGAAGCUGUACAUCAUCAGGAGCCUGGGACUAGCUGGGACUUUGCUGAAAACGUGAUCAAACCCAUUGGCGUGAAAAAGAAGCGCAAAGCUCGUAGACACUUUAAUUGGUUUUCCGAUGCCUACUAAAUGACAUUUUUUUUAAAAUUCGUUGUUCAGUUAUUUUAUUUAUUUAAUAUUCUGAUCGGUGUAUUGAUGGUUACUUGUAAAUAAUACAAGAACCUCUGUGAGUCAUGUGACUUACGUCUCGUCUCAAUGAUAUGUUUUAAAUAACUUCAUUAUACUAUUCCAAGCUUUAAGUUACGUUAAAUUUAAUGGUAGAAAACCUAACAAACAAAUGUGAUAGAAAUCAGCGAAUUUGUAUUAUUAUACACGUAGAUUGAAUUUUAUCUUUUAACGAGAGUCUGAUCUGACAACUGAAUACAACUGCCUCAACUUAAAAAAGAACGAAAUAGCUUAAUAUUGAUUACCUCGAUCAACAAAGUCAUUAUCUUUCAUUUUUUUAAUUAUUUGCAAGGCGUGUCGCAGUAAGGUAGAAGGUUUCCAGGAAGCUUUCGUUUCAUUGCCUCCUAAGAGCACUCUGUACUUUAUUUGAGGGGUUGGUCUUUCCAAUUUUGGAUACGACAAAAUUUUGAAGCUGAAAUGCUCUGUGUUAUUAAUGGAAAGCAUAUUCCCAGUAAGUUUUAGGAAGGGUCAGUCUGCAGUCCGUCCGUCCGUCCGUUCAUUUGUCCAUCCGUCUUUCUGUCAGUCAUUUAUUGGGUCAGUCGAUUAAAAUGGUAUAAAAGAUAUUUAUAUUGGUUUAAAGAGGAUAUACAGUGUAAUAUAUUCGAAGGAGAGAAAAUAACGUGAAUAAAGUGAAAAUUGUUCAAAUGAA